AUGAGAAACUUGUCCAUAGCCAAGUCCUGGAAUAGCUCAUCAGUGACACUGUUUAUCUUCCUGGGAUUUGCAGACCAUCCACAACUCCAAGUCAUCCUCUUUGUGACUUUCCUUGGCAUCUAUCUUGUGACCCUGGCCUGGAACCUGGCCCUCAUCUGUCUGAUAAGAAGUGACACCUGUCUGCACACACCCAUGUACUUCUUCCUCAGCAACUUGUCCUUCAUUGACAUCUGCUACUCUUCUGCUGUGGCUCCCAAGAUGCUUGUUGACUUCUUCCAGAAAUGGAAGACCAUAUCAUUCCUGGGCUGUGCUGUUCAAUUUUUCUUCUUCGUUGGCAUGGGUCUAACUGAGUGUCUUCUUCUGACAGCUAUGGCAUAUGACCGAUAUGCAGCCAUCUCCAGUCCCCUCCUCUAUACUACCAUCAUGUCCCAAGGCUUCUGUACUUGCUUGGUGGCUGGGGCAUAUGUUGGUGGCUUCCUAAGUGCCCUGAUCCAGGCCAUCUCCAUAUUUCAGCUCCACUUCUGUGGACCAAAUAUCAUCAACCACUUCUUCUGUGACCUCCCACCAAUCCUGGCACUUUCUUGCUCUAACACCUUCCUCAGUCAAGUAGUAAAUUUCUUUGUGGUGGUUGCUGUUGGAGGGACAUCAUUUCUCAUCCUCCUAAUCUCCUACAGUUACAUAGUGUCUGCUGUCUUGAAGAUCCAAUCUGUGGAAGGUCGAUGGAAAGCCUUCAAUACAUGUGCCUCGCACCUGAUGAUGGUGACUCUGUUGUUUGGGACAGCUCUUUUCAUGUACCUGCGACCCAGCUCCAGCUACUCACUUAGCAGGGACAAGGGAGUUUCUGUGUUUUAUUCUCUAGUCAUUCCCAUGCUGAACCCUCUCGUUUAUAGUUUGAGGAACAAAGAGAUCAAGGAUGCCCUGAGGAAAGUGAUGGAGAAGAAAGUGUUUUUCUAG